AUGUCGCUCAUAAGCUAUCCUCCCAACGUGUUCUGCCUCUCCGUCAAACAGCAGCCUCGCGAGGCUCUGGUUGUGGCCAAGGGCAAGGACAAGGCGCGCAAGGCGAUCGAUCCACCACCUAUCGUUCAGCUUGACGUCAAGCAACAUCGAGAUCCCCAGAAGAAUUUCCUUCAGAACCCGUACCUGUUCAUGCAGGUCAGCUUGUACAAGGCUGAUCGAGAUGAGCCACAUCCUGGACGCGACAUUUUGACAGGCACUCUGACAUCCUCACUACACCGCCUGAAAGACCAGACCAACGACGAGGUCGGCCUUUUUGUGUUCGGAGACAUUUCUGUAAGGAUACUGGGUUCCUUCAGGCUCCACUUCAGUAUGUGGGAGUUCAGCCAAGUGGAGCAGCGAGCAAUAUUCAUGGCAAGUUGUACCAGUGAGAAUUUCAGUGUGUUGGCGCCCAAAGACUUCAAAGGCAUGGAGGAGUCUACUGCCCUUAGCCGCUGCAUCGCCGACCAGGGCGUCCGUCUCCGACUGCGUAAAGAGGCUAGAACCGGAGCUGGUAGCAAGCGUUCGUAUCCAUACGACAGCCCUGUCAACAUCGCACAAGCUCACGUAAGCCUCUCCAACGAGUUCUCCUCGUCCUUCGACGGAGAGCAUUCACCCAUCAAGCGAGAGAGCACAUACAACUCGAACAGCCAGACCGAGGCACCGACUCACUCUACCAUUGAGCAAUCAUACUAUGCUCAGCCUCCUUACAAGCGAUCUUUUCCAUCGUACCCUCCUGUUGGGCAUCCACCUCCCAUCGCCGCCCCUUAUAACAUGAUGGGCCACUCGAGCAUGGUCGGUCAACACUCGUCGCUCAUGAGUCCUCCUGGAAUUUUGCCUUCAAACACAGGCGCAGGGUACAACGUUGAUCACACCGGCUUGUACGGUAGCCCCUCGUUCCCAAGCUCAAGCUCUAGCUAUCCAGGCUCGGCGGCUCCAUACCCGGGUACCGGCUACAACAGCAUUCUAUAUCCGUACGAUAGCAACGCCCCUCGCUAG